AUGGGGGCUGGGAGGCACAGGGAAGGAGGGGGAGGGGACCAAAAUUCCCUGAAUGGAUAUGCAGAUUUGAUCCAGCGGAGAACCGAAAUUUCCCGGGACUUGGACGAGGUGUCCAAACAGGAACUUUGCCCAAGGAAACUCAUUUCGGACUAUGAGAUGAGGCCGCAGACGCCUUUGAGCACCACGGGGUAUUUACACACCACCCCUGCUUCGGUGAAUUCCGUGGCCACUUCUUCCUCUGCUGUUUACAAACCCCCCUUGAAGCCCCCUAAGGGAACCCGCCAACCCAACAAGCCCAGGGUGCGCCCCACCUCUCGGCAGCCCUCCAAGGACUUGGGCUACAGCAAUUAUGGCCCCAGCAUUGCCUACCAGACCAAAUCCCCGGUGCCUUUGGAGUGUCCCACCGCGUGCACUUGCAACCUGCAGAUCUCUGAUCUGGGCCUCAACGUCAACUGCCAGGAGCGAAAGAUCGAGAGCAUCGCUGAGCUGCAGCCCAAGCCCUACAACCCCAAGAAAAUGUAUCUGACAGAGAACUACAUCGCCGCAGUGCGCAGGACCGACUUCCUGGAGGCCACGGGGCUGGACCUCUUGCACCUGGGCAACAACCGCAUCUCCAUGAUCCAGGACCGCGCCUUUGGUGAUCUUAGCAACUUGAGGCGUCUGUACCUGAAUGGCAACAGGAUCGAGAGGCUGAGCCCGGAGCUGUUCUACGGUCUGCAGAGCCUGCAGUAUCUCUUCCUCCAGUACAAUCUCAUACGCGAGAUUCAGUCUGGGACUUUUGACCCGGUCCCGAACCUCCAGCUGCUAUUCCUAAAUAACAACCUCCUGCAGGCCAUGCCCUCAGGCGUCUUCUCCGGCCUGACCCUCCUCAGGCUGAACCUGAGAAGUAACCACUUCACCUCCUUGCCAGUAAGUGGAAUUCUGGACCAGCUGAAGUCGCUCAUCCAAAUCGACUUGCACGACAACCCUUGGGAUUGUACCUGCGACGUGGUGGGCAUGAAGCUGUGGGUAGAGCAGCUCAAGGUGGGAGUCCUGGUGGAUGAGGUGAUCUGCAAGUCGCCCAAAAAGUUCGCCGAAACCGACAUGCGCUCCAUUAAGUCGGAGCUGCUGUGUCCAGACUACUCGGAUGUCGUGGUUUCCACGCCCACGCCCUCCUCCAUCCAGGUCCCCUCGAAGACCAGCGCGGUGACCACCGCCGUCCGGUUAAACAGCACCGGGGGCCCUGCGGGCUUGGGCGCAGGCGGAGGUGCGUCGUCGGUGCCCCUGUCCGUGUUGAUCCUCAGCCUGCUGCUGGUAUUCAUCAUGUCCGUCUUUGUGGCCGCCGGGCUAUUCGUGCUGGUCAUGAAGCGCAGGAAAAAGAACCAGAGCGACCACACCAGCACCAACAACUCCGACGUGAGCUCCUUCAACAUGCAGUACAGUGUGUACAGCGGCAGCGGCGGCGCGGGCAGCCACCCGCACGCGCACGUGCACCAUCGGGGGCCCGCGCUGCCCAAGGUGAAGACACCCGCGGGCCACGUGUACGAGUACAUCCCCCAUCCGUUGGGCCACAUGUGCAAAAACCCCAUCUACCGCUCCCGAGAAGGCAACUCUGUGGAGGAUUACAAAGACCUGCAGGAGCUCAAGGUCACCUACAGUAGCAACCACCACCUGCAGCAGCAACCGCCACCGCAGCAACAGCAGCCGCAGCAGCCCCAGCAGCAACCCCCACCGCAGCUGCAGCUGCAGCCGCAGCCGGGAGAGGAGGAGAGGCGGGAAAGCCACCCCUUGCGGAGCCCCGCCUACAGCGUCAGCACCAUCGAACCCCGGGAGGACCUACUGUCGCCGGUGCAGGACGCCGACCGCUUUUACAGGGGCAUUUUAGAACCAGACAAACACUGCUCCACCACCCCCGCCGGCAAUAGCCUCCCGGAAUAUCCCAAAUUCCCGUGCAGCCCAGCUGCUUACACUUUCUCCCCCAACUAUGACUUGAGGCGCCCCCAUCAGUAUUUGCACCCGGGGGCUGGGGACAGCAGGCUGCGGGAACCGGUGCUCUACAGUCCCCCCAGUGCUGUCUUUGUAGAACCCAACCGGAACGAGUAUCUGGAGUUAAAAGCAAAACUAAACGUUGAGCCGGACUACCUCGAAGUGCUGGAAAAACAGACCACAUUUAGCCAGUUCUAAAACCAGAGGAACUCCUUUGGAGCUUUUGCAUUUCGAACAAACAAGCAAGCAGAC